CAUCAGCCUCUCCUCCUCAGUCUCCGCAGCAUCUUCCGUCCUGACGACCUGCUUCUUCAGAACCGAACCGAGCCGAAGCGGACCGGGCCACCAUGACGGAGAGCAGCAAGACGCACGUGAUCCUGCUGUCCUGCGGCAGCUUCAACCCCAUCACCAGAGGACACCUCCACAUGUUCGACAAAGCCAGAGAGUAUCUGCACAAAACUGGACGAUUCAUCGUGAUUGGAGGAAUCAUCUCACCGGUUCACGACUCCUACGGAAAACCUGGCCUGGUGUCGAGCCGACAUCGCCUCACCAUGUGUCAGCUGGCUGUGCAGUCGUCUGAUUGGAUCAGAGUGGACCCCUGGGAGUGUUACCAGGACACCUGGCAGACAACCUGCAGUGUGCUGGAGCACCACCGAGACCUGAUGAAGAGAGUCACCGGAUGCAUCCUGUCCAAUGUCAACACACCGUCCACCACCCCUGUGAUUGGUCAGCCACAGAACAAGACUCCGCCCAUCUACCAGAACCACACCAACUCCAACCACAAACCCACGGCUUUGAAAGUUUGGGGAAAACUCAGUGAGAAUUUGGGUAAAAUCUGCUGCGUUCGUCCUCAGAUGGAUCGCUUCACGUUCCUCGAUGAAAACGCCAACCUGGGGACCGCCAUGAGAUACGAGGAGAUCGAGUUACGCAUCUUGCUCCUGUGUGGCAGUGAUCUCCUGGAGUCCUUCUGCAUCCCUGGCCUCUGGAAGGACAGUGAUAUGGAGGUGAUCGUCGGGGACUUUGGGAUCGUGGUGGUUCCUCGUGACGGAGCCGACACCGAGAGGAUCAUGAACCACUCCUCCAUCCUCCGCAAGUACAAGGACAACAUCCUGGUGGUGAAUGACACCAUGAACCACCCGAUGUCCAUCGUCAGCUCCACCAAGAGCAGAUUGGCCCUGCAGCACGGGGACGGCCAUGUUGUGGACUACCUGAGUCAGCCCGUCAUCGACUACAUCCUGCAGAGUCAGCUCUACAUCAACGCCUCGGGAUAGAACAAAGAUGGAGGACCAGGG